GCCGGGAGAGCUUGAUAUAAAGUGCUAGAAGGUUGCUGUUCAGCUGUGUCCGUGAACACUACAAGCCAAGCAGCUAACCUAAUACCCUAAUCAUGGCCAUUAAAUCACUCCGUAUCCGAGUCUCUAUUGACAGAGGCGGAACUUUCACUGAUGUUCACGCCUCAAUACCCGGCAGAGAAGACAUCAUCCUCAAACUCUUAUCCGUCGAUCCCGCCAACUACCAAGAUGCCCCAACAGAAGGCAUCCGAAGAAUUUUGGAGUUGGUGACGGGCCAGCAGCUCCCUCGAGGCCAACCCCUUGACCUUUUCCAUUUUGAAUCUAUUCGCAUGGGCACAACAGUCGCCACAAAUGCCCUGUUGGAGCGCAAAGGCGAGAGAGUCGCCCUGGUCACGACCAAGGGCUUCCGCGACCUCCUAGCCAUCGGAAACCAGUCUCGGCCACAGAUCUUUGAUCUAUCAGUGUCGCGGCCAGAAGUCCUCUACGAUUACGUAGUAGAGGUGGAUGAGCGUGUGACCAUGGAAGAUUACACGGAAGACCCAGAGUCCAACAAAACAAUCCCUACAGGCCAAGAUUCACAGCUCGUCACAGCCGUCACCGGCGAGACUAUUCGGGUUUUACAAGAACCUGAUCUCAGCGCAGUUCAGAAACAACUUGCAGACGUAUGGAGCCAAGGCUUCCGUUCCGUGGCCAUAGUAUUCAUCCAUUCAUAUGCCUACCCCAACCACGAGCUUCUUGUCGGGAAAAUGGCUCUGGAGAUGGGAUUCUCCGUCACAUUAUCAUCAGAGCUCCAGCCUAUGAUCAACGUGGUUCCCCGAGGAACUUCAGCCAUUGCAGAUGCUUACCUCACUCCCAUCAUCAGGAAUUACAUCAGCUCCAUUGAGGCAAAUUUCCGCGGAGGCUUCUCAUCAGCAGAUACACGAAUCGAAUUCAUGCAAUCAGAUGGAGGUCUCGCGGACUACCGCAAAUUUAGCGGCCUCAAGGCUAUUCUAUCCGGCCCGGCAGGCGGAGUUGUUGGCUAUGCUCAGACGUCAUGGGAUGAAGAGGAAAAGAAGCCCAUCAUCGGCUUUGACAUGGGCGGCACAUCAACAGAUGUAUCCCGAUAUGCGGGUGUCUACGAUCACGUUUUCGAAACCACCACCGCAGGCAUCUCCAUCCAAUCGCCACAGCUCGACAUCCACACCGUUGCCGCCGGCGGUGGCUCCAUUCUCUCAUGGAGAAACGGGCUAUUUAACGUGGGCCCAGAAUCGGCCUCUGCUCAUCCAGGCCCAGCGUGUUACCGCAAGGGCGGUCCAUUAACCAUCACAGAUGCCAAUCUGUUCCUAGGUAGAAUCUUACCAGAGUACUUCCCCAAGGUGUUUGGCCCCAAAGAAAACGAGCCGCUGAAUCGCGAAAUUGUCGAGACCAAGUUCGCCGAGCUUACAGAUGAGAUCAACAAAGACAGAAAAGCCUCUGGCCUUACCUUAUUCAGCCCUGAGGAAGUGGCCCUUGGGUUCUUAAAGGUUGCCAACGAAGGCAUGGCUGGGCCUAUUCGAGCUCUCACAGAAGCUCGUGGAUACGACGCUGCCGACCACCAUCUUGCCUGUUUCGGUGGUGCAGGCGGCCAGCAUGCCUGCGCAGUCGCCAAUGUCUUGGGCAUUUCUCGCAUCAUCUUGCAUAAAUAUUCUUCCAUUCUGUCUGCUUACGGCAUUUCACUGGCAGACGUCGUUCACGAGACUCAGCGUCCUGCCGCGAUAGUCUACAGCCCGGAGACAGAGGGCGAAAUCCGAUCACAGCUUGAGAACCUGGCCCAGCAAGCAACAGACGCUCUCUUGAAGCAGGGGUUCGCUGUUGACCACAUUUCCCACAACUCUUACCUCAGCAUGAGAUACGCUGGCUCAAACAGUUCGCUCAUGAUUCUCAAGGGCCAAGACUGGGACUUUAAGCGAGAGUUUGAAGAUGCUCACAAGCGGAGUUUCGGAUUCCACUUCCCAGAGAAGGACAUUAUUGUAGAUGAUAUCCGUAUUCGAGCCAUUGGAGGAACAGGCACGAAGGAGAUCAAAACUCCGUUUGCUCAACUCAGAAAAGUCCAGGGUACUAGCGUCCCUUCGCCUACUGCAGAUGGAACGAAUUCUGUCUACUUUGAAGGCUCUGGGCACGUAAAUGCUCCCAUUUAUGAGCUCCAGAAGCUUUCGGAGGGAUCACAGAUUUCAGGUCCAGCACUCAUCAUCGAUAACACCCAGACCAUUGUCGUCGCCCCCGGAACAACAGCCACCAUCUUGGACAGCUACGUUGUUAUUGACGGCGCGCUAAACACAACAGAUUCAAAGUCAAAGAAGGCACAGGAAGAAUUCAGCCCAAUCCAGCUCACAGUCUUUGGUCACCGGUUCAUGGGCAUUGCAGAGCAAAUGGGCCGCACACUGAGGCGAACCGCCGUAUCCACCAACAUCAAAGAGCGUCUCGAUUUCUCAUGCGCAAUCUUCAGCCCCGACGGCGGCCUCGUCGCCAACGCGCCACACGUGCCAGUCCACUUGGGAUCCAUGCAAUUCGCUGUCCAAUACCAACAUCGCCUAUGGGAAGGCAAGCUUCGUGACGGCGAUGUGCUCAUGUCCAACCACCCUUCAUGCGGCGGCACGCAUCUACCCGACAUCACAGUCAUCACCCCUGUGUUUGACGGAGACGAACUCGCUUUCUACGUUGCCUCUCGCGGCCAUCAUGCUGACAUUGGUGGCAUUCUCCCGGGCUCAAUGCCCCCAACCUCCACCGCGCUAUGGCAAGAAGGUGCCGCCAUUCAGUCAACCAAGCUUGUCAGCGAAGGCCGCUUCGACGAGGCAGAAGUCGUCAGGUUAUUACUGGAAGAGCCAGCCCAGUACGAUGGCUGCUCAGGCACCCGCAGACUGCAGGACAACAUCUCAGAUCUGAAAGCCCAAAUCGCUGCAAAUGCAAAGGGCAUUGCGCUGAUCAAGGGACUCAUCGAAGAAUACGGCCUGGCUUGCGUACACAGAUAUAUGUACGCCAUUCAGCACACGGCAGAGGCUGCUGUUCGGACCCUGCUAAAGAAGACGCUCGCCACAUACGGCUCAGAGCCCCUCACGGCGACUGACUAUAUGGAUGAUGGAACGCCUAUUAGCCUUUCCAUCAGUAUCUCUCCAGAUGGCUCUGCUGUCUUUGAUUUCACCGGCACUGGCCCUCAUGUCCUGGGCAACACAAAUGCCCCUAUUGCCAUCACUCAUUCCGCCAUCAUCUACUGUCUUCGCUGCCUUGUCUCAUCAUCUAUCCCUCUCAACCAAGGCUGCCUAACACCCAUCAAGAUUGUCAUCCCUGAAGGCACCAUCCUGACGCCAGGCGACGGUCUCGCAGUUGUGGGCGGCAACGUCCUCACCUCUCAGCGCGUGACCGACGUCGUUCUCCGCGCAUUCAACGCCUGUGCCGCCAGCCAAGGCUGCUGCAACAACCUCACCUUUGGCACCGGCGGCAAGGAUCCCGUUACGGGAGAGCACAAGGAGGGCUUUGGCUACUACGAAACCAUUGCAGGCGGAUCUGGCGCCGGGCCCGAUUGGAUCGGCCAGAGCGGUGUCCAUACGCACAUGACCAACACGAGAAUCACGGAUCCAGAGGUCUUUGAGAAGAGAUAUCCAUGCAUCUUGCGCCGCUUCGAGCUACGGAAGGGCUCGGGAGGAAAAGGACGCAAUAGGGGUGGUGAUGGAACAGUUCGAGAGAUUGAGUUCCGCGUCCCUGUCCAGUGUUCUAUUCUGAGCGAGAGAAGAUCCCGUCGUCCAUACGGUAUGGAGGGUGGAGGAGACGGCGAGGCCGGUCUGAACUGCGUCAAAGUUACGGACCCAGCAACAGGGGAGAAGAGAGUAAUUAAUUUGGGUGCAAAGGCCACCACAAGGCUGGGUCCCGGAGAGAGCGUUGUGAUUCAGUCUCCUGGAGGAGGAGCUUGGGGGCUAAUUGAGGCAUAGAAUAGAAGUUUGUGUAGCAAUACAAGGUUGAAUAGUUGACAUGGAAAAAGCCUAAUUCAUUUUUUAUAGACAGCUUUGAAAUGCUUACAGCGGUG